AUGGCUUUGCUCCGUACCUUCACCACCACCACCCUCCUCCUCCUCCUCCUCCUUGCCGUGCCGCUCUCCCGGGCUGCGAGCCAGACCCCCCCAUUGCCCCUCCUGCAAGCGCUGCGGGCGCAAGCACCGGGCAGCCGGGGCUGGCGGGGGGGGCCGGCGAGCGGGCCCCCCCUGCGGUACAUGCUGGAGCUGUACCGGCGUGCCGCCGACCGCGAGGGCCGGCCACGGCGUGGCCGCAGCCCGGGCACCAACACUGUCCGCUUGGUGCGGGCGGCUUCCCACGGGGGACAGCCCUGGGCAGGUCGCUGGUACGUGCAGCCCCUCGCCUACCGCCUGGGCGGCCAACCCGAAGCUGAGCAUCUUCUCCGCGCCACCGUGGUCUACCCGCAGAGCCUGUCGCUGCCCCGUGGCCGGCUUCUGUGCGCCCUGGAGCUGGUGGCCACCGCUGAAGCCCCCCCGGUGCUGCUCAGCCCCACCGCCCCACCGCGUCGCGGCUGGACCGAAGCGGACGUCACCCCCUACUUGUCUCCGGGGAACGGCAGCGCGGAGAGGACGCUGGCCCUGCGGCACGUCUGCGUGCGAGCUGGCCGCGCCGCCGCCCCGCCAGCCCCACCGGCCCCCGCGGACCCCUUCCUCCUCCUCUUCCUCAAUGACACUCAGAGCGGGACACUGCCGGAGCCGCGGCGGAGCCGGCGAGACGCGGGGACGCUGGUCCAUGACCUGCCCGGCUACCUGCGGGAAGCCGGGGGGGAUAAAAGCGACUGCUCCCUGCGCUCCUUCCCCGUCAGCUUCGCCCAGCUGGGCUGGGACCACUGGAUCAUCGCGCCCCACCGCUACAACCCGCGCUACUGCAAGGGCGCCUGCCCGCGGCUUCUCCGCGAUGGCUACCACGCGCCCAACCACGCCGUGGUGCAGAACUUGGUCCACCAGCUGGUGGAUGCCACCGUCCCCCGGCCGUCCUGCGUCCCCUACCGCUACAGCCCCAUCAGCGUCCUGAUGAUCCAGCACGAUGGGGGCAUCCUCUACAAGGAGUACGAGAACAUGAUUGCAGAGUCCUGCACCUGCCGGUAA